AUGACAUCCGGACCCUUCCCGCCAACGUUUCCCGGCCUCGGCCACGACCAGCUGGUUGCGCAACACAUCGAGGACUUCGAAGCCCAGAUGGCGGCCGCGAAGGCGCUGCUUCCCGGCGAUGAGCCGCCCGCUUACAGCAGCGGCAAUGACAACAACGCCUCAUCAGCCCCUUCCUCACAGUUAUUCUCGGCGGUGAGCAGCAGCAGCAAUAACAAUAACAACAACAACCCGCCGCAGCUCCAAGCCGGCCGCGUGUGGUCGAGCGAGUCGGUCGUGUCGUUCAACAACCUGUGCCUCAAGAACGCCGUCGCCAACGCCUUCGAGUACGAGCAGGUGCGGGAUUCCCCGCAACCGGGCUGGGCGGUGCGGCUGACGUUCAGCUUCUUCAGCGGCGCUAUUGGCGGCGCGGAUGAUAACGCCAGCGCGGACAACGACGGCGGCAGCUUCGUCGUCAGCCUUCCUGGUCCGUACGGCUCGAAGAAGGAGGCCAAGGCGGCCGCGGCAGAGAAUGGGCUUCAGGUGCUCCAGGAAGCCAUCGAGAAGAGGGGUGCCGCCACCAAGAAGAAGAUGCCGAGUGGUGCCGCCGGGGAGGGCGGGGAGGUGAGGGAUGCGGCGGCGCAGGGAGGGCCAUGGGAUGAGGAGGAGGAGGAAGUGGAGAACUGGGUUGGAUUGCUCGGAGAGUACUGUCAGGCCGAGGGCAAGCCGCGUCCCAUGUUCCAGGAAUUCAGCCUGGGCGCCAACUACUCGAUGGAGUGCAUCAUGCCGCCGGACGACCGCCCCGUGCCCGACGGGGCGCCGCCACAGCCAGAGGCCUUCGGCGGCCGUAACAUCCUGUUUAACAGCAAGAAGGCGGCUAAGACCAACGCCGCGCGCGAGGCGGUACGCUGGCUGCGCGCCGCCGGCUGCAUGCCCAAGAAGGGCCAUCCCACCAAGAAGAAGAUGAAGGCUGCGCAGAUGAUGGCCGCCACCACGCCUGCUUUCCCUGCUGCGCCCACCAGCAACGCCAAUCCGGUCCCGCUCCCGAUCCCGACGCCCAUCAGCGGUGACCAACAAGGUAACAAUGCUGCCAGCGGUUCCGACAGCGAGGGCGGCAGUAGCAGCUCGUCCGCCGGCGCACCGGGCCUGAAAGACCGCAGUCUGGGUGAACAAGUCAUGAUUCUCUGCAGCAAACUCGGCUGCGCCCAGCCCAUCUACAAGAUCCUGCCCGACCCGCGCGUGCCGUCCAUGUGGUCGGGCGCCGCCUACUUCCCGCACGACCCGGCGGUUGGGUCGGUGCAGCCCGUCGGCGAGGUGCGCAACGUGUACGGCAAGAAGAAGGCGCGCGAGGAGGUGGCCAAGAAGGUGCUCAAGCACCUCAAGGCCAUGCAGGCCGAGCGCCAGAAGGUCGUCGACGGCGUGUUGGCGGGUACUACUGCUGCUGCUGCCGCCGGCGGUGCUUCGGCCUAG